AUGCCCGGCAGCAGCCGACCACGCAAGUUUCAGUGUUGUAUGAAACACUCCUUGAAAUUUUUCCUCACUGCAACUUCUGGAGUGCAAGACAUCCCAGAGUUUAUGGGUUCUGCACUGGUUGAUGGAGUUCAGGCGGGUUACUGUGACAGCAACAUCAAGACGGCUGAACCCAAACAGGACUGGGCGAGAAAGUUCAUGAAAGACAAUCCACAACAACUGGAGUUCUACGUUAACGAAUGCUAUAGACUGCGGGACUUCCUCAAAGCCACCAUUGGCAGCUUGAUGAAACGCCUAAACCAAACUGGAAGUGUCCACGUCCUACAGAGAAUGUACGGCUGUGAAUGGGAUGAUGAAACUGGAGAAAUCAGCGGUUUUAAUCAAUAUGGAUACGAUGGUGAAGACUUCAUAGCACUGGACCUGCAGACGCUGACAUGGAUCGCUCCAAAACCACAAGCAUUCAUCACCAAACUGAAAUGGGAUGCAGACAAAGCUAGACUAGAGUUCAAUAAAAACUUCUACACCUACAUGUGCCCUGACUGGCUGAAGAAAUAUGCACAGUACGCGAGGAGUUCUCUGCAAAGAAGAGAUCUUCCCUCAGUGUCUCUCCUCCAGAAGACUCCCUCCUCUCCAAUCACCUGCCAUGCUACAGGUUUCUACCCUGACAGAGCUGACUUGUUGUGGAGGAAAGAUGGAGAGGAGCUUCAUGAGGACGUGGACAAAGGAGAGAUCCUCCCCAACCAUGAUGGAACCUUCCAGAUGAGUGUUGACCUGAACAUCUCAUCAAUCGCUCAUGAAGACUGGAAGAAGUACGACUGUGUGUUUCAACUGUCUGGUGUCAAAGAUGACAUCAUCACCAAACUGGAAAAAUCAAAGCCUAUGCCUAGUAGGGUUUCUUGUUCAGGGUUUCCUGCUGGUGCUGCCAUUGGAGUAGUUGUAGGUCUGCUGCUGUUGCUCUGCAUCGCUGGACUCUUCCUCUGGAGAAAGAAGACUAACGGUACACAGUAA